AUGGGGCUGGUGGCGCUCACCCUGCUGCUGGCAACGGGGCUCCUGCACACACAGGCUUUCCCCCCGGCACGCUCCUUCCAGCUGGAUUUCGAGGAGAACUGCUUCCGCAAGGAUGGUGUCCCUUUCCGCUACAUCUCGGGCAGCAUCCACUACGCCCGCGUCCCGCGCCCCGCCUGGAGGGACCGGCUCCUCAAGAUGUACAUGAGUGGGCUCAGCGCCGUGCAGGUCUAUGUCCCCUGGAACUACCAUGAGCCACUGCCAGGGGUUUAUGACUUUGCUGGGGACCGGGAUGUGGAAGCCUUCCUGGACCUGACAGCUGAGCUGGGACUUCUGGUGAUCCUGCGGCCGGGGCCCUACAUCUGUGCGGAGUGGGAGAUGGGUGGCCUGCCCGCCUGGCUGCUGUGGAAACCAGACAUCGUCCUGCGCUCCUCCGACCCCGCCUACCUGGCAGCCGUGGACUCCUGGCUCCAUGUCCUGCUACCCAAGAUCAAGCCACGCCUGUACCAGCAUGGGGGUAACAUCAUCAGCAUACAGGUGGAGAAUGAAUACGGGAGCUACUACGCCUGUGACUACAAGUACCUGCAGCACCUGCUGGGCUCCUUCCGAGCACUGCUGGGGAGCGAGGUGCUGCUGUUCACCACCGAUGGCACGCGGGCUGAGGAGCUGCGCUGUGGCACGCUGCAGGGGCUCUACGCCACUGUCGACUUUGGCCCAGGUACCCCUAUGGGGGAGGAGAGGGGGGAGAGGGGAUGUGGGUACAUGUUCCACGGGGGGACAAACUUUGCCUACUGGAGUGGUGCUGACUUCAAGGACCAGUACAAACCAGUGACCACCAGCUAUGACUAUGAUGCCCCCCUCUCGGAGGCAGGAGACCCCACUGAGAAACUGUUUGCCAUCCGCACGGUCAUCAGCAAGUUCCAGCCCCUGCCAGUUGGUCCGAUGCCACCUGCCACCCCCAAGUACGCCUAUGGCUGGGUGGCCCUGCGGAAGUAUGCCAACCUCCUGGAUGCCUUGGAUGUACUGUGCCCCUCUGGGCCCAUCCAGAGCCAGUUCCCCCUCACCUUUGAGGCCAUAAAGCAGGCCCAUGGCUUUGUGGUGUACCGCACACAGCUGCCCCGGGACGUCCUGCACCCAGCCACCCUGCGUGCUCCUCCCCACAGCGUCUGCGACCGCGGCUAUGUGAUGCUGCAGCAGGAGUACCAGGGGACACUGGAGCGGGAUGGGCAGACAAUGCUGCGUGUGACAGGCAGGGCAGGGGACACCCUGGAUGUGCUCCUGGAGAACAUGGGCAGGAUCAGCUUCGGGGCCAACAUCAGUGACUUCAAGGGCUUGCUGGGGAACCUCUCCUUGGACUCCAGCCCUCUCAGCAACUGGCUGAUCUACCCCCUGGCCAUAGACACUGCCAUCCAGCAGGGCUGGCCCCAUGCUGCCCUGCCGAAAUCAAGCAGCGGGGGCAGAGCAGGGCCAGCCUUCUACACUGGGACCUUUGAGACCCCUGGCAUCGCCUGGGACACCUUUGUGAAGUUCCCAGGCUGGAGCAAGGGCCAGCUGUGGAUAAACGGCUUCAACCUGGGCCGGUACUGGCCCCGCCGUGGGCCCCAGCAGACCCUCUUUGUGCCCGGCUCGAUGCUGCGUGUUGGUCACCCCAACAACAUCACAGUGCUGGAGCUGGAGGGGGCACCCCUCGCCCCCUUCCUGCUCUUCCUCAACCAACCUCUUUUCAACAAGACCCUCAGCCGCAGCACCGUGGCCACAGAAUAA